AGCUCAAGGGCGUCGGGCGCGAUGGCUAAUGCCUCCCCAGACCUGGACAACGCGGAAGCCCAGCGCCAGCUCAACAACAACAACCGACCGAUCGGCUCCGGGUUCUGGGAGACGGAGUGCACCAGCUCCAAGCUGUUCGAGUGCUCCCGCAUCAAGGCCUUGGCAGAUGAGCGAGAUGCGGUGCAGAAGAAGACUUUCACUAAGUGGGUGAACUCCCACCUGGCCAGAGUGUCCUGCCGCAUAUCCGACCUCUACAACGACCUGAGGGAUGGAUACAUGCUCACCAGACUGCUGGAGGUCCUGAGUGGAGAGCUGCUGCCGAGGCCGACGCGGGGCCGCAUGAGGAUCCACUGCCUGGAGAAUGUGGACAAGGCCCUGCAGUUUCUCAAGGAGCAGAGGGUCCACCUGGAGAACGUGGGCUCGCAUGACAUCGUGGACGGAAACCACCGCCUCACCCUCGGCCUCAUCUGGACCAUCAUCCUGCGUUUCCAGAUCCAGGUGAUCAAGAUCGAGACGGAGGACAACAGAGAGACGCGCUCGGCUAAAGAUGCGCUGCUGCUCUGGUGCCAGAUGAAGACGGCGGGAUAUCCUGAGGUCAACAUCCAGAACUUCACCACCUGCUGGAGAGACGGCCUGGCCUUCAACGCACUCAUACACAGACACAGACCGGAUCUGAUCGAGUUUCACAAGCUCACCAGAUCCAAUGCAACUCACAACCUCCAGCAAGCCUUCAACAUCGCCGAGCAGCACCUGGGCCUCACCAAGCUCCUGGACCCCGAAGAUGUGAACACAGAAAACCCAGAUGAAAAGUCCAUCAUCACAUACGUGGUCUCGUACUACCACUACUUCUCCAAGAUGAAGGCUCUUAUUGUGGAGGGGAAGAGGGUUGGCAAGGUGCUGGACAACUGUGUGGAGGCGGAGAAGAUCGUCAACCGCUACGACGCGCUGGCGUCUGACCUGCUGGACUGGAUCGAGAAGACCAUCGCUGUCAUCAGCAACCAGAAGUUCGCCAACUCUCUGACCGGAGUCCAGCAGCAGCUGCAGGCCUUCACAACCUACUGCACUAUAGAGAAGCCCAUCAAGUUUCAGGAAAAAGGGAACCUUGAGGUCCUUCUCUUCACCAUCCAAAGCAAACUCAGAGCCAAUAACCAGAAACCCUACGUGCCUAAUGACGGGAAGCUCAUCUCAGACAUUAACAAGGCCUGGGAGCGGCUGGAGAAGGCGGAGCAUGAGAGGGGCGUGGCUCUGAGGAAGGAGCUGAUUCGUCAGGAGAAGCUGGAGCUGCUGGCCCAGCGCUUCGACCACAAGACCACCAUGAGGCAGGCGUGGCUCAACGAGAACCAGAGGCUGGUCUCACAGGACAACUUCGGCUACGACCUCCCGGCCGUGGAGGCGGCGAUGAAGAAGCACGAGGCCAUCGAGGCGGACAUCGCCUCGUACGAGGAGCGGAUCGGCGUGGUGGUGGAGCUGGCGGCGGAGAUGGAGGCCGAGGGAUACUACGACAUCCGGCGGAUCUCCGCGCGCAAGGAGAACAUCCUGGGACAGUGGAGCCUGCUGAAGGAGCUGGUGGCCGGCCGGAGGACUCGGCUGGAGAAGAACCUGGCCCUGCAGAAGACCUUCCAGGACAUGGUGUACAUGAUCGACUGGAUGGAGGACACGCAAGUGCAGCUGCUGUCGAAGGACUUCGGGAAACAUCUGCUGGAGGUGGACGACCUGCUGCAGAAGCACAGCCUGCAGGAGGCCGACAUCAGCGUGCAGGCCGAGAGGGUGGAGACGCUCAACGCCGCCGCACUCAAGUUCACCACCGUGGAGGGUUACCAGCCCUGCGACCCGCAGGUGAUCUGUAACCGGGUAAACCACGUCUCGUCUUGUCUGGAGGAGCUGAAGCAGCUGGCAGCUAAACGCCGCUCGGAGCUGGAGGAGUCCAGACAGCUGUGGGCCUUUUUCCAGGAGCUGGAGGAGUCGGCGGCCUGGAUCCGGGAGAAGAGCGCCAUCCUGGGCGCUCAGGGCUAUGGGAAGGACCUGAGCAGCGUGCUGAGGCUGCUGCAGAAACACAAGACGCUGGCCGGGGAACUGCUGGCUCACCGUUCACUGCUGCAGAACACCAUGAAGCGAGGGAAGCAGAUCCUGAGCGAGAAGAGCUUCGGCACGGCGGGGAUCCAGGAGCACAUCAUGGAGGUGAAGAGCGAGUGGAAGAGGCUGGAGGACCAGGCGGCGCAGCGCCUGGGCCACCUGCAGGAGGCGCUCAACUUCUUCCAGUUCUCCACCGAGACGGACGACCUGGUGGCGUGGCUGCAGGACGCCUACCGCCUGGUCUCCAGCGAGGACUUCGGCCACGACGAGUACUCCACCCAGUCGCUGCUGAAGAAGCACAAGGGCGUGAGCGAGGCGGUGGACAAGCACCGCCUGCACGUCAUCGCGCUGCGCAAACACGUGGUGGCGCUGCCGCUGCAGUAUAGGGAGCAGGAGGAGGUGCAGGUGCGGAUGGGGGAGGUGGAGCAGCUGUACACGGAGGUGGCGGAGGUGGCCGUGCUCCGGCAGCAGUGGCUCCACGACGCCCUGGCCGUCUACCGCAUGUUCAGCGAGGUCAACGCCUGCGAGCUGUGGAUCGACGAGAAGGAGCAGUGGCUGGACAAGAUGGACAUCCCCGAGAAGCUGGAGGACGUGGAGGUGGUGGCACACAGGUUCGAGAGCCUGGACCAGGAGAUGAACAGCCUGAUGGGAAGGAUCCUGGACGUGAAUCAGAUCGUGCAGCAGCUCCUCGACGGAGGUCAUCCGUCUUCCACAGAGGUCAGAGGCUGCCAGGACCACCUCAACUCCAGGUGGAACAGCAUCGUGGAGCUGGUGGAGCAGAAGAAAGACCAGAUGGACUCCAUGCUGCGGCUGCAGAACUACCUCCUGGAGUGCGCCGAGAUCAAGUCCCAGAUCCAGGAGAAGAGGAAAGCCAUCGACGCCACCCAGUACGUGGGCAGCGACCUGGGCGGAGUCCUGGCCCUGCAGAGACGCCUCUCCACCAUGGAGGGCGCCCUGUCGGUGCUGGAGCCCAAACUGCUGCACCUGCAGGAAGAAGCGGAGCAUCUGGCCACCGCCCACCAGAGCCGCGCCAUGGAGGUCCUCAUGCCGUUCGACGGCAUCAGCGUGGAGUGGGAGGAGCUGAAACGGACACUGCAGGGCUGCGAGGACUCGCUGAUGGUGGCCAGCAGGCUGCAGAGCUUCAUACAGGACCUGGACUCCUUCCUCACCUGGCUGGUCCAGACGCAGACGUCCGCCGCCUCCGACCAGCUCCCCAACAACCUGGAGGAGGCCGAGAAACUCAUCAACAAGCACGCCGCCCUGAAGGAGGAGAUCGGCCGGUACGAGGAGGACUACGAGCGCCUGCAGGCCAUGAACGAGCUGCUGGAGUCGGAGGAGGCGCCGCUGCCGCAGGCCGCCCUGCAGCAGUGGCUCCAGAAGCUGGACGUGGGCUGGAACAAGCUGCUGGAGAUGUGGGAGAGCCGCAGAGAGGUCCUGGUCCAGGCCCACAUCUUCCACCUGUUCCUGAGGGACGUCAAGCAGGCCGAGUCCUUCCUGAACAACCAGGAGUCGGCCCUGGCUCACGUGGAGCUGCCCACCACGGUGGAAACGGUGGAGGCGGCCAUCAAGAAACACAAGGACUUCACCACGGCCAUGGAGCUCAACCUGCACCGCAUCAAGGCCGUGAUCGAGGCCGGAGAGAGUCUGAUCAGCCAGAGCAACAUCUACUCCGAACGCAUCAGGGAGCGCAUCGACACGCUCGCCAACAGGGGAAACCAGAACAGAGAGCUGGCUCAGCAGUGGCUGGAGAGACUCAACACCCAGUGGGGGCUUCAGAGGUUCCUGCAGGACUGUCACGAGCUGGGCGACUGGGUGUGCGAGAAGAUGCUGAUGGCGAGGGACAGCAGUCGAGACGAGACCCAGAAGCUCCACAAGAAAUGGCUGAAGCACCAGGCCUUCAUGGCCGAGCUGGCCCAGAAUAAGGAAUGGCUGGACAAGAUCGAAAAGGAGGGCCAGCAGCUGAUCCAGGAGAAGCCGGAGCUCAGCCCGGUGGUGAGGAAGAAGCUGGAGGAGAUCCGGGAGUGCUGGCUGGACCUGGAGAGCACCACCCAGGCCAAGGCGCGCCAGCUGUUCGAGGCCAACAAGGCCGACCUGCUGGUGCAGAGCUACGAGAGCCUGGACCAGCGACUGGGCCAGCUGGAGGGUCAGCUGGUCUACGUGGACCAGGGACAGGACCUCACCACUGUCAACAAGCAGCUGAAGAAACUGCAGACCAUGGAGACGCAGAUGGAGGAGUGGUAUAACGAGGUGGGGCAGCUGCAGGCGCAGGCCGCCACCAUCCCGCAGCAGACGCAGGUCAAGGAGACGGUGGCGGAGCGGCAGUCCGCCGUGGAGGCCCGGAUGGUGCGUCUGAUCGAGCCGCUCAAGGAGAGACGGCGAAUCCUGCUGGCCUCCAAGGAGGUGCACCAGGUCGGGCGGGACCUGGAGGACGAGAUCCUGUGGGUGCAGGAGCGCCUCCCGAUGGCCAUGAGCCAGGAGCACGGCUCGACUCUGCAGGCCGUCCAGCAGCUCAUGAAGAAGAACCAGACCCUGCAGAGAGAGCUGCAGGGCCACCGCGGCCGCAUCGAGGACGUGCUGGAGAGGGCGGCCAUCAUCGCCUCCAUCCGCAGCCCCGAGGCCGACUGCGUGCGGGCCGGCCACGACCAGCUGGCCCAGCUGUGGGCGCUGCUGUGGGCCGAGACGGAGCGGCGGCAGCUGGUGCUGGACGCCAUGUACCAGGCCCAGCAGUACUACUUCGACACGGCCGAGGUGGAGGCGUGGCUGAGCGAGCAGGAGCUGCACAUGAUGAACGAGGAGAAGGGCAAGGACGAGCCGAGCACGCUGCAGCUGCUGAAGAAGCACCUGGUGCUGGAGCAGACCAUCGAGGACUACGCGGAGACCAUCGGCCUGCUGUCGCAGCAGUGUCGGCAGCUGCUGGAGAUGGGACAUCCGGACUGCGAGCUCAUCAGCAAGCGGCAGUCGCAGAUCGACCGUCUGUACGUGUCGCUGAAGGACCUGGUGGAGGAGAGGAAGAGCCGCCUGGAGCAGCAGUACUGGCUCUACCAGCUGAACCGCGAGGUGGACGAGCUGGAGCAGUGGAUCGCCCAGAGGGAGGUGGUGGCCAGCUCGCCGGAGCUGGGCCAGGACUACGAGCACGUCACCGUCCUGCAGGAGAAGUUCACGGAGUUCGCCUCGGAGACGGGCAGCGUGGGGCAGGAGCGAGUGACGGCCGUCAACCAGAUGGUGGACGAGCUCAUCGACUACGGCCACUCGGAGGCGGCCACCAUCGCCGAGUGGAAGGACGGCGUGAACGAGGCCUGGGCCGACCUGCUGGAGCUCAUGGAGACCCGAGCGCAGAUGCUGGCCGCCUCGCAUCAGCUGCACAAGUUCUUCGCCGACUGUAGAGAGGUUUUGGCUCAGAUCGCAGACAAACAUCGAAGGCUGCCAGAGGUGCGAGCCCGGCAGGGCGGCUCCGCCAACACCAGCAGCCUGCAGAGACUCCUGCACACCUUCGAGCAGGACAUUCAGCUGCUGGUCACACAGGUGCGCCAGCUGCAGGAGAGCGCCGCCCAGCUCCGGACGGUGUACGCCGGCGAAAAGGCGGAGGCCAUCGCGUGCCGCGAGCACGAGGUGAUGCAGUGCUGGAAGGAGCUGCUGACGUCCUGCGAGGAGUGCCGGGUGCAGAUCACCACGGAAACCGACAAGCUGCGGUUCUUCGGGAUGGUCCGGGAUCAGAUCAUGUGGAUGGAGUCCAUCAUCUGUCAGAUCGGGACCGGGGAGAAGCCCAGGGACGUGUCCUCGGUGGAGGUGCUGAUGAAUUAUCACCAGAGUCUGAAGAGCGAGGUGGAGGCUCGCAGCCGGAGCACCCUGGAGUGCAUCGAGAUGGGAAAGACCCUACUGGCUGCCAGAAACCCCGCCGCUGAGGAGAUCAAGGACAAGUUGGAUAAGGUGAUCGCGAAGCAGCACGAGCUGACGGAGCGGUGGGACAAGCACUGGGAGUUCCUCCAGCAACUGUUGGAGGUGCACCAGUUUGCGCAGGAGGCGGUGGUGGCCGAGGCGUGGCUGACGGCGCAGGAGCCCUUCAUCAGCAGCAACGAGCUGGGGGCCAGCGUGGACGAGGUGGAGCAGCUGAUCCGGCGGCACGAAGCCUUCCGCAAAGCCGCCGCCACCUGGGAGGAGCGCUUCAGCUCGCUGCGGCGGCUCACCACGGUGGAGAAGUUGAAAGCAGAGCAAAGCAAACUCCCCCCGACGCCCCUCCUGGGCCGAAAAGUCUUCCUGGACCCUCAGGACGCCGCGCCCACCCCCUCCACCCUGCCCCGCCUCCCCAUCUCUCCCGUCAUGAGGCAGACCAUCUACGAACAGAACGAAGCCAGCUCCCCUCCCUCGCCGUCGCCCGCCACGCCGACGCCCUCGCCGUCCUCCGUGGCGCGGCGGCUGGGCUCCACGGUGGCCAACUACACGCCCGUCAUGAACGGCUCCAGUUACCGGCACACCCUGGAGGCCCGGCACGCCGGCGGCGGCGGCGUGGUGGGCGUGGCCGCCGGACUGGGACACCCCGCCCCUUCCUCCAUCGCUUCCAUCGCCACGGCGGCCAUGCUGGUCUCGGCCAAUCAGGCGCGGGAAAGCGCCGGCUCGGCGAGAGAGCAGGUCACUAAGGCCAUGAGCCACCUGCAGCCGGCGCAAGCGGCGAGGGAGCUGGAGGCGAAGGCGUCCCCGUAUCUACGGCAGCCCAAGAUCAAACACCUGGACGACGCGGUGACGCCGCUGCUGGUGGCGAGCCGGCUGGAGAGGGCCCGGGAGCGGGAGCGAGGCCGGGAGAGGGAGCCGGCGGCGGCGGGGAUGGGCUCGGAGAGGGCGGAGGUGGCGGUGAUGGCCGAGGUGGUGCUUCAGGAACCCGCCCGCGAGCGUCUGCACAGCGAGCCCACCAGGGGGCGCCGCGGGUCCCGGCCCGACCCGCCGGGCCACGCCGAGCCGCAGGCGCACCAGCGGGACCAGCGCAUGGAGCGGCAGCUGUCCAGCGAGCAGCUGAUCCAGGCGCGGCGCGACGAGCUGCCGCAGGAGGUGUGGCGGGAGCAGGCGGAGAGGAGGGAGCGCCGCACCCUGGAGAGGCAGACGUCCAGCGAGCAGGAGGGCCCGGGGGGCCACGGCGGCCACGGGGGCCACGGCGGCCACGGCAGCCACGGCAGCCACGGGAGCCACGGCAGCCACGACAGCCGGAGGAGAGAGCGAGACCGGCACCGGCUGGAGAGGCAGGAGUCCAGCGAGCACGACACCGGGAAGGAGCACUCCGACCGCCGCUCGGGGGGAGGAGACAAACGAUCCACUCUGGCAGAGAUCGUAGAGCAGCUGCAGGAAAGAGAAGCAGCUCAGGCCCGCGGUGAGGUGCCCCGCCUGCCCAACGGCUUGCCGGAGAAGUCUUCCCGUCCCGACCGGCCCCGGGCCCGAGACCGACCCAAACCGCGGCGCCGGCCUCGGCCCAAAGAACCGGGAGAGACCACCAGGCGGUCCCGGUCGGCGCCGGCCCAGAGCAGCCCGGCGGUCCCGCAGCCGCCGACGCACACGGCGCACCACGAGGGCUUCCUGUUCCGCAAGCUGGACAUCGAGAGCCUGAAGAAGAGCACCAAUAGCAGGUCUUGGGUCAACCUGUACUGCGUGCUGAACAAAGGGGAGAUGGGAUUCUACAAGGACGCCAAGAACACCGCCACGCCGUACAACAACGAGCCGCUGCUCAGCCUGUCCCACUGCCACUGCGACGUCACCAACGGCUACAAGAAGAAGAAGAACGUCUUCACGCUCAAAACGAAGGACGGCAGCGAGUUCUUGUUUCACGCUAAAGACGAGGAGGACCUCAAAGCCUGGGUGACCAACAUCACGGCCAGCAUCACGGAGCACGAGGAGAUCGCCAAAUGGGGUCAGCCCCAACCAACUACCUCAUCCACCGACGAGGGCACGCGGCGCGACGGCAGCAAGGCCGACAACCGCUCCGACCGCGGCGGCGAGCGCUCCGACCGCGGCGGCGACCGCAUCGAGCGCGCCGACAAGGAGAAGGAGAAGGAGCGGGAGCGGGGCGAGCGCUCGGAGAGGUCGGAGCGCGGCGGGAAGUCGGACGCCAAGCGCUCGGAAAAGUCCAGCAAGAAGAAGUGACGGCGGCGGCUCGCGGGCCGGGAUUAAAAGCGUACGAACUUGGACCGGGAGGCGGGUCCUGGGACCGCCGGGGACCGCCCCCUUCCUCCUCUCCGCCUCCGACACGUCAACACAAGCGGCCGUGUUUGGACGGGAAGCGGCCCGGGCGCUCUCUCAUCGGACGGGACAGCAGGAGGCGCCGCUCUUUCUCCCUCCGCCUCCCGGGACUGCAGAGGGGGCGGAGCUUUGGGCCGCCAGCGGCGUCAGCGGGAGAGAGGCGGGACAAAACGGAGGCCGUUCCCGAAAGCUGGUAGUUCGAUAAACCGUAGCUCAUACUGUCCCAUGUCUGUUUUUUCUAUGAGACGAGCUGUUUGUCUGUUUCCUGUCCGUCCGUCUUAUCGUCCGUCCGUCCGUGAGUCCAGGCCGCCUGCACUCCGUCUUAUUACUGCUUGGAAAGUGAGAGAGAUUCAAAUUAUGCCAAAAUAUGUCGAAAUUCUUUUCCCGCCUCACUUCAUUUUGUGUCUGAAGCUCAGUUUAGUUUGGAAAACGGCUCCCAGCUGCAUUUCCUCCUCCAGAGGAAGACGAGGAGGCAGAGCGACCAGACGCCCUGAGAACCCCGCCGCCGUCUGCUCGCGGCCACCAGGCGCAGCGGCCGCGUUGUGUUUGAGCAGAGUCUCUGGAAGAACUCCGGUUCUCCUCUGGGAUUUAGACAUAAAGAGCAGAUUCCCCCGGAUCGUCCUCCAGGUGGCGCCGGCCGUGGUCACGUCAGUCGUUACAGGAUCUUGAACCCUGCAGGUGUUUCUCAUGCAGAACAGGAGCUUUUCAUCAGAUCAGUUUCAUUUCACCUUGUUUUUGGUCAUAAGCA